CCUUUGGAACUGCUCUCAUUUGGUCGGCUAAAAUGUAAAUAAACCAGAAAUGCAUCAUUUAAUUAUAUAAAAAUAUAAGAUUUAUUUAUAUCCAUCAAUAAAAAGAGCAGUCUUCUGCAGAAUGAGUAAUUUGACGAGACAGUUUUCGUUACAAAACAUUGAGCUGAAGUGAACACUUGCUGAUCAAUUAUGGACAAGGCACUGUUAAAAAAUGGAACAGAGGAGAACUUUAUCAAUCGCAUUGAGACAGAGAUACCAAAGUCAACCCUCUACUGGUUCUUCAUAUCUCUUGGAGCCGCCAUUCUGUGGACAGUCUAUAUUACCUACUACAACUCAAGGGUCAUGGGGCUUGUGGCCUCUUUGAUUGCAAACAAGCUAUACAAAUAUGGACACAUAAAUAUAGGUUCCAUCUCCUUGUCAGUGCUGUACGGCAAGGUGAUGUUCCGUGCCGUCCACUACAUCACGGAGGACUUCAGCGUGAGGAUUGAAUAUGGCUGGAUCAACUUCAAGUGGUGGAGGCCAUACCAGUACAAACAGCUUGGAGAAGACAUGUCCCACUGCGAGACUAGGCUGCAUUGCUUCAUCGACAUGAUAGAGUUUCACAUCUACAACAAGUCGGGCACAUAUGAUCGUCUCGAUAAACUGUUUGGUCUCAAGGUGGACAUUGCAGGGGAGGAUGAGGAAGAGUUGGCAAGCAAAGACGACAAGGAGUCUCCUGAUGAAGAGAAUAAACCAGAGGAGAAGGAGAAACCUAAGAGUGGGAGACUUGCAGAGAAGAAUUUCCAUUGGCGAGACCUGAUACCAGUCUCCAGAAUUGAUAUCACCACUUGCCGAUUUGUGUUUGGAAACAACCUUGUUCCAAACACGUUGAUAGUGCACCUGGAUGAUAGUGAGGUGACCUACACGACUCUGCCGCCUACAACCCCAUUCGACCUGUUCAUGCACGAUAUCAAGGUGAAAUCAGACAGCCUUCGAAUCAUGUUUGUGCCCAGUGAUAAAUACACAGGGGGCGUAGUGGACGAGCCACCACGUAUGAUGGGGGAGGGGUUUGUACUCAUGCAGUCCACUGACGUCAAGAUGCAUUUCUAUGCAGACCAACCAGGUGUUGUACCGUUUGAACCAGAGCGUGUAGAACUUACUGAUGGAGAAACAUCCAUGACCCGCACUUACCCGACUAUAGCGAUGCACAUAGAGUGUGGUAAAAACACAGACUUCAACUAUGGACCAUGGGCUGACAGACAGAGGGAGUAUUUAUGGAAGUUCUUCUACCCGUCUGACUACCAGCCGAUGGUGCCCACCAAUAUACCUGUGCCUGGGGAAACCAGGAUAUUCAAGACGUUCGAGUUCCGAUUGAACAUUGUAGCCAAGGCAACCUUUGAUGUGUUGUUUACUAAGAAUUCGGAAACACAGGCAAUCCACAUGAACAUGGGUCAAGGGUCCUACGUGGAAGCUUCCAUUCCUUGGAUCACAGGAGAGACAGGUUACACAUCAGUAAUUCAGGGGCAGCUACUCUUACUGGAAGCCACUACCAGCAUGAAAUUUAGAACACUGCUACACUGUGAGACACUGGAUUUCAAUGUGGCUGCAGUCUACCCCCUACAGUGGAACAAUCAUCAAGAUUGGAAGUGCUCGUUUACGGCCACCAAGGCUACACUCUACCUGAUAUUUGCGCACAUGCAAUUCUUCAGUGAUCUGAUAGAUGAUUGGUCUAAAAAGAGCGUACCAGAUGUGUUCCACUUUGCCCCAUACACGUAUGGUAUCAACAUCCUGAUCAACCAGUUUGAGCUGGUGACGCUUUGUAACGAAUACAACUGGAUAGACACGUCCUCUCACAACCCAGAGAAUGCACACAUAGCCUUCUGUGGAGAACUGUUUGACCUGUCUAUACAGUUGCCCUAUACAGACUACCUGCCGGUCAAGAAUGCCAUCAGCCUCAUAUUCAAGGUGGAGAUGGUGUUCUGUCGGUUGUACCUGCCAGAGAACAACACGAGUCGUCAUGUCGUGAUAGCUCUGGCUGAGAACAUAAAGAUUGUGGACCGUGAUGGAAACUUACUGGAAAAACCAUUCUGCCAUGACAUAGAGAAACAGUGGAGGAGACUUACUGAAAGAAGUGCUGGUUGGUUGGACUGUUGGAUGACGACCAACGUCUCCCUCAGCAUCACGUACACGUACCACCCGAUGCCUGCGCUGCUCAAGCAUGAUACACACCACAUAUUCACGCCCGCUAGCGACGACUUCGCCACCAUUCCAGAAGACGCUGGAGAGUUCAUUCCCUUGGUUCCAAUUCUGCGAGAAUCCUCCACCAGCUCUUCGUUUGGAGGAGUGAAAUUCGACGCGGGGGAAAUGGACUCGGAUUUGAUCGCAGUGGAGCUAGAGGUGGCCCCUUCAGUGCUGUGUCUGUAUGGAUCUUUGCUGAGAAACUUUCUGCAUGUAAAGGAAAACUAUCUGGGGGAGGACCAAUCCUACACAGAUUUCUAUGACACGCCUGCGACGGGUCAGGAGCCCCCAGAGGAAGUGGGUCUGCAGGGCCCGCUGACAGAACAGGAAGUGGUGGAGAGGGAGUUUGAUCCCCGCAAGUACCGGCCCUUUGCUGUCACUGUGUCGGCUACCUUGCACGACAUACAGGCCCAUCUAGUCAAGAAUUGUAACCAGGAGACCGUGCCAUGUCCAACCGUGUAUGUUGAGUGUCUGGGGUUUGAGAUGGACAAACACUACAGCGAGACAAAGCUACAGGUGCUCCUGUCACCAGCCGUGCUGAUCUCACGAGACAGCUUCGAGCGAGAGCCGGACCAGGGCCACCUAAAGGAAGGGCACCUGGCGUUGUCCGGGUUACAGGUGAGGGGUCAUGCAAUGUUCUCCCAUGAGGGGCUGCCCCUGGAAUCAGAGACCCUGGAGUACGCCUGGCUGGUGGAGGCUGUCAUCGGAGACUUGACCGGCAGGCUAACCUCACCACAGAUCCAGACAAUUGUUGAGUUCCUGCAGACGUUCAUCAUGCUCAUCGAAGACGUGGAGAACAGUCUGCCUCGGGCCGUCUCCUACCAGCUGUGUCAGCACGCCCUGCCCCAGCUCCAGUGCAACAAGGUCACACCAGGCUACACUAUACCAUGUCCCUCAUCAGAGGAUAUCAAGUACCGGCUUACGCGUGCCUCUGUCGAUAGUCUCAAUCUGUUCCUGGUUGAGGGAGGGACUGCUUUGAAUGUGCAACUAUAUCCAUUAAAAAUUGCCACGUGCAACUUACAUGGGGAGCACACGAGAGCUGGCAUCACCGGCUUCAUGGAACACAUAGAAGUGAAACAGUACAUCAGCACGGCCCCGAUCAGGCAUGACAUCAGCCAACCGGAAGUCUGGAUAGAGUCCGGGGGCGUGUCGCUGGGACCAAUCAAAGCUGAGGCCGCCAUGGCCCUGACCAAUCAGGACUUUCACGAGCUUCAGAACAAGUUUCUCACCAUUCACGAUGCUUCCACAAAGAGACUGUGGUUUUUAUGGCCCAUUCAUGCGCUCAGUUCUUCUAAUCUGGUCAUAGGAAAGUGUGGCUGCAUGGGAGGGUGCUGUUUUUUCGGUGUGAAUAAAAAUGGAGUGGAUUUCUUCCAUUCCAAGAGACGAUAUGAAAGAUUGCCCACAGCCGUUCUGACCGUUACCCCUGAGGGCACUGAUCCCGGGUUCGGUCAGAGUCUCCUGCACAAGGACCGCCUUGUCUUCAAUAUUGGAAAGUCCAGUAUUCAGCUGUCGCCGGGCAAGGAGUUUGUGUUCACCCGGGGCUACAUGAGUAACAUCUCCACCCCGGAGACAGCCGGUACCAGUAUCACUGUCAUUGAGGAGUGUCUGGGUCAACCAGGUCAGGCCUCCAUAAUUACCACCUCUGAAAUAACAGUGCACUCUAAAACACAAUCAUCAGCCACCAUGAGUGGAUCACUUAGUCUCAGUCGAUCGAUUUCCAACAACACUACGACUCCUCAAAGCGAUGCUGUGGCCAGUAACCCUUUUGAUACAUUGAAAUCCACAGACGCGUCUUUGAUGAGAGAUUCUGAAAUAACAUCACCUGAAAGCGAUACCUCCAAAUCUCCCCGUACUGUCUCUAUCAGUUCGUCCACCUCACCUCCGCUGUUCAGCCCCUCAUUGAGAUCAUCUGUCGCCCAGAGUCCCGUAUCCCGUACCUCGGUCCCUAGUCCUUCGGGCCCUUCCUCCAUCCACAGUUUCAGUCCCGUGUCCAGCAGACGUAAAAGUAACUUCACUGCAAACUCGGGCCGACAGACCUCCAUUGUGUCCCUGGACAGCGAGAUGUAUUUCUCAGCAGAAGAAGAUGCAGGUUCCUCGUCUGACCCUGUUUUCCCAACUCUGACCCCGCAAUCUUUCCAUGACAUUCACUCCUCAGAAAGUGAGAGCCUCGUGUGGGGAAAGGAUGAGCAGACUCCUACCAUCAUCAUGAACACAAGCGGCGGUACAUCGGUUGCUGAAACCACUGUCCUAGAAAGGAACCUGUUUUCUUCGUCUUCCAACUCCACAUUGUCGUUUAUGUCGGCAGACACAGAUCCGGACGAGACUUUGUCUGAUGGUGGAUUGCAGGCAGAAGACCUUUCUAUGGUGGAUCUGAGAAAUCAAGUGAAGGGUGCUAUUACCAAGUCCCCUGUACUGUUGCCAUGCUACUCCAAGAACAUGACCCGUCUGCAGUGCAACAACUGGAUGUACCCGGCCCCCUUCCCGACCCCCUUCCACAUGGUUGCCACGGAGCCUUCACAUCUAUCGUUGUCGUCCGCAAGUCAGUCAAUGCAGUUGGCCUCUGCUGGGUCAUCACUGCCACAUUUUGUUAAGAUCAAGCAGGGGUUCAGCACACAGAUAUUGAAAAACAAGGAUCAGCUGUUCCUGCCAGAGAAACAAGAGGAGGGAGAUACAUGGGACAACAUUGAAGAGCCUUUACUAGACUGUACUGAUGGAGCCACCAUGGAGAAUGCAAGCCGUACAACGGCAACAGUGAAGCUGCGAGGAUCUGUUGACGUUCUUCUGACGCCCUUACUCCUCGAGUCAUUCCAAAGGAUGUGUGAGGCUGUCACCCCAGCCCUGACCAACCUCCACCCGUCCUCCAUUUUGGAUGGCCUUCACUUCCGCUGCCUGGACAUCCUGAAGUCUCAGAACCGCCUCAAGAAGGUCGAGAGUGACCAUGACCCCGAGACACCUGAGGGCGACCCUGGCAGCAACCAGGGUCAGCUCGGGGUAGACAGCCGGGCGCCGGAUAUGAAGACCUCCAGCUAUCAGGCUCUUAUCACACUGCCCAGGAUAAAUAUCUGCACAUUACAAGCAGGAAUUGUGGAGGACCUGAUAUCAUUUUCCGCACUAGAUAAUAUUCAUGAGCUCACAUGCGUUUCACUGUUGGGCGUGUGCAUCGAUGACAUACGUUGUCAGCUGCUGUCCAAUAGCCACUCAUGCAAGAUGUCAAGAAGUGUGUCCCACUCUGGCCCGGCCUCCCCAUCUUCACCAACUAAGGGAAAACCUGACAAUCUAGAAGUUGAAGACCGUCCAGAAGUAUCAAGAGAGGAGGAUGUAGGGACAGUCAGCAUAAAGGCUAUUCAUUUUCAGCUGAGGCGACUUCUUAAAGAACAUGAUUUUUCAGACAGUAUGGUGCUGACAGCAAUCCCAGAACAGAAAUCAAAGGUGAUGUUCGAGUUUGAUAACAAUAUAACGAAAUUAUUUUCGCCCGCUUCGAGUAGACACUCAAGCCGGGUGAAGAGGAGCUCUUCAUCGCAUUCAGAGGAAGGGAAACCUCGACGACUUUCCAUGGGUCGCCGGGCGAGUCAAGACCCUACUAGAAGACAUCCCGAGGAUCGGCAUUCCUUAAAAGGUGUUUCUACUGAGGAGAAUCCUUUUGAUGCUGCGCCAAAGCCGAAAGUUCUGAGACAAAAAAGUGUAGGUAAAGAAAACCUGGAUAUGGAUAGUACAGGAACACCAAAACGUGAGUCUCAAAAAUUGGGCAGUAUAGGCUACAUAAUGUUCGAAUGCGGUUUGGAAAAGAUAGAUAUUACAGCAGUAAGAAGACUGGGCUACAAGGAUAAACCACCAGCUACCUUAUUGGAGGAUACAACAUUACAACAGACAAUUUUGAAAACUCAGCAAUCCACCAAAUUUGUGACUGAAAGUCAGACUUCAAGAAAAUUUCAAGUCUCAAGGCAGAGUGAGGCUAAACAAAAAGAACCACAGGCAAAAUUCACGGUUCAUGAUGAAACUGAUCCCUUGGGAGUUGGGCCAACAAAGCCUUCGAGUUCAAAGUACUCCAGUUCAAACUCUGUGCACUCUUGGGACUCGCGUAUAUCGAUCCCGUCAGUGUCUGCAAGCCUGAGCGAGCAUGAGGAUCUAGACGGGGAUGCCUCCAGCGGGCUUCUCCAUCUGAAAACAAUCUGGUUCAAUUUUGCUGCACCUCCUCCUCUACCCAUCAAACGGAAAGCUGAUUUUACAAAGUAUGACUGGAAUCUCCUAAGUACUGCAACUCCGGCCAUUGAUGCCUGGUUGUCUCCCUUGGACAGACUUCUGGAGUCGGCCCGUAGCCUCGCACGGGAACUCACCCAUCGCAACAACUCCGUCAUGGCCUGCAUCAUGACUACAGCGCUGGAGAAGGGAAGCAUUCACAUGCCAUAUAAGAGCAAGUACUCAAAGAUCACCAACUUCUCUCGCACUCUACAAGAGGAUGCGUCCUGUCAGAUGCUGACGGUGCUAAGGAAGUUUCUCCACCUCGAGGGGACCAGCGCGGUGGAGCUGGCUGUAACCUCUGACACCAUUCCUCAACUCAUCACUAUUCAGAAAGGUAUCUUGGCCUUGACCCGUGGUUGGAAGAACGUCCUAUACAUGCCUCAAAUUUCAAAGAUCAACUUUAAAGUGCGCAAGCAGCGCCCAUGCACAGUGUCCUUUGCCGAGCCAGAUUCUGAACGUCUGAAUCUUGAGAAUUUCGAAGAUGAGGCUGACGACGUCUCUCUGCAGCUAGAUGACGACAAGAUGUCACUCAUUGAUGAAGUUGACGGACCAAAGAAGGCUGGUUCCCAUCCCAGCUUGAGCAGAAUGCAGUCUGGUUCCCAGCAGAUUGAUGACACAGCUCGUGACCCAGUUCCAAAUGUGGCAGUCUCUGGGGCAUCAUCGUUAUCUGGGGCUCAAAAACCCAGGAGAGGACAGUAUGCCCGGAUCUUUGAGUCACCAGUGCAUGAAACCAAUCCCCACAUGACUAAUCUGCUACGCAAUGAGAGCACCUACAGCUUUCAUUCUGCAAGUGGCGUAAGUGUGGAGCCACACAAUGUACAAAACUUGCCAUCUACACCAUACAGGGGAGAAGCCUCGCAAGCAAACCUGCCUCGCUCAAAGGUACAUGAUCUCUACCGCUGGAUGAAAAUGCAACAGAACAACGGCUUCUCCUCCACCACAAUAGAAGACCAAGAGCCGGUGAGUUCAGUCAGGCGGCAAGACUCGUUCCUGGAAACAUUUGGCCGCGGUUUUGGACAGGAGGAUAGCCACACUGACAUUAAUGUUGCCAACACCACACUGGGAACAACUAUCAUGCAACUGGCAGAUGCUCAGAACUUGUUUAAGCCUUUCCUGCAAAGUAUCGGUCUGCACGUCGAGAACGUACGUCCGACGGCCAUGUUGAAGAAUUUUGGCGGGAAUCUGUCCCUGCAGGGCAGACUGGACGUUUUGAAAAUACAGAUAGCAGAUUCAGUGAGGAGCCGUAAGGGGAAGGGAAAGGGGAAGCGAAGUGUUAAACUAGAGGCCUGUCUGGAUUCAUCAGCAUUUCUUUGUGAAAUGUUUAACCUGAAGGUCUCCAUGAGAGACAUCAUUGAUUUCGAGAAAAAGGAGUCUUUGGAAGAUGAUAAGUUCCGUAAGUUUCCGUUCAAGUUUGCGAUGCACAAGCUUGAAGCCAAACCAGCCACUCUACAGAUGAAUGUUGUGGCAAACAUGCAGUGUGUGACUCAGUAUGUGGACAUGCCCCUACUGCGUCUGAUCCACCAGUUCGUCACGAUGAUUGGAAACGUGAACGAGACUAGGAUCGAGCUUAAACAAGGUCACUCCAACGUGGACUGGAUACGAACCCACCGCAAGCAGGACUCGAAGGGUUCUUCUUCCAGCGCGGAGACAGUUCAAUCUGAGAGUUCUGUUACAGGCCUGUCGAGUCUUCAGAAGGAAUCUGGACUCAGCUCCUCUAAGACAAACAUACCAACUAGGUCUCGAUCUUCAGAACAUUUGCACAAAGGUGGACAUAAGCCGUCAUUGUCAUCAUUCAAACUACCAUUCGAGUCAAUCAGACCAGACAGGCUCAGCUUGACCACCUCACUGAAAAAACCAAAUACGUUAUUCACAAAAGAUCCCAAGAAAGGGUCAAAGCAUGACCUCAAGUCCCCAGGGGCAAGGUCAGAUCCCUUGACUCCACCUCGAAGCUUGAACCUCAGUGACUCUGUCCAUGUGGAAAUGGCAGACACCUCGUCACCAGCGGUAGCUGAGAAGACAAUCUUUGAUGAAAUCAAGGCGGAGACUCCGAAAUGUUGGAGGACGCUGUAUCACAUGCUUGAGCUGUACUCAACCAUUCCGGAGACAAAGACUAUUCAAGGUCGAAGGUCGGCCAUGCAGGCCAUGCCUGUGAUAGAGGAGGAGCCAUCGGAGAAGGCCAACAUGAGCACGCCCUCGGGAAGUGUGAAGACGAGGAUAGACCUUGCGGCAGAGGAGGAAGCAGCAGUAGGCACUGGUACAAACAGCAGUGGAGAGUAUGAGAACACCCCGCUAGCAAGAUCCACCUUUGCAAGGACGAGAUUCAAACAGAGCAUAUACAUCGGUGACAGUAUUCCCCUGGUUGUGUUUGCGAUAGCUAAGAUCGAGAAGGUGAACAUCCUGGCGGUGCUGAGUGGACUCAAGCUGGAGGCUGAGUUGAGGAACGUGCACGCGACGGGAACCAUCAAGGAGAAAGUGAAGGGCUUCCUGCAGAGGAAAUCAUCGGAGUCCUCGUACACGGCUCAUGUAGGGCACACCAUGCUGGUACUCCUUGAGGGACCCUCGCUGCAUUCCAGUUAUUUUGUGGGUUAUUAUAACAGGACGGUGGUCACGGUCAACAUUGGCCGGUCCCAGGCUCUGCACACGACGGUGAAGAGAAGAGGCAAGGGCCACAACUCCGCCCUCGUGUCUAUUGGCGAGAUUGAGGUCGACAUACCCCAGCAUCCUGUGGUGCUCCAUGGGAUGUUGACAAGGGGAACAACCCAGCUAUCCAGCACUCUUCAAGAGUUUAGACGGCCCAUCUCCAGAACUAGCCGCAAUUUUGACGAUUAUGGAACAUUGGACUCUAAAAGUUCGGGCGAAAAGACGCCCCAUCCGUCUGCUGUGCCCCACCCACCAAGGAUUAUCCAGGAGUCUAAGUCAGUGACUUUGCACAUCCAUUUCAAGGCCAUUUUGCAAGGAAUUACGAUUGGAGCUUCCCUGUUGCCCUCGCUACGCGCUCAAUACAAGACUGGACCGAUAACACUCAGUGGUGUCACAGUGAAGAAGGCUCGGUUCACGUUGGAUCUUCCUCACCAUACGCUCAGCUUCAAGUCAAAGACAGAAUUAUACAAGAUUAAGACGAUGGAGACAUCCAUCCCCUCUUCAGCCAGUAUUGACCUCCCACCUAUUCACGUAUAUGCUGACUACAGGCAGUACAAGUCCAACGCCCCUGUGUCCGAGGCACUUACAGAGGGUCUGGUACUCAAGGAGGGCAGCUUCCUGAACGCCAUAGCGGAGGUGGGCAUGUUUGAGCACAGUCUGACAACUGACCUCCUCAACCAUCUCGUCUUUGUGCAGAAAGUCUUCAUGAAGGAGGUCAAUGAGCUGUUGCAGAAGGUGUCUGGUUCAGAUAGACCGGUUCCCAUCUGGUCUGACACAGAGAACCAGUCUGUGGCCAGUGCACAGAAGUCACAGAUCCUGUACUCCUUCCACUUCAGGCUAAAGGGUAUCCAGAUCACGGCGACGACCCCGACAGCGAGCGCCGUGAGGCUGGAGACAGAGGCCAUAGAUCUUGAGAUCUCAAACCGUGUACAGAUGGCUACUGACACUGCACACUGCACCACAGUGAAUGAUGACAACCAGAAAGUGUUCAUUAAGGCACAGGUGGAUCUCAGUCUGUCCCUGGGACAACUAAUCAAGAACCCACUGUUUGAGGAGGCUGACCCGGAGUUUCAAACCAUGGCCUACUUCAAAACGAAGAUCUCUGUCAGAAAUGCACUCCAGGAUGAGAUGAUACCUGGUGUAUCCAAGGACCAGGAGGCGUUGCUUAUCAACAUGGCCAGGCCCAUAGUGCUUGCACAGCCACUGGCUUUUGAUAAGGCGGUCCUUGUGUGGCUGAACUACAAGAAUGCCUACGAGUACUGGACGGAGCAGCGUCUGGCGCUGAACAAGGAGGUGCAGACGGCGACACGCCAGGUUAUUGACAGGCUGCCCCAGAUAAGCCCUGCCUCCCAGCAGACACUGAGCACGCUGUUCCUGCAACUCACGGUCGAUGACAUCGGGCUGUGUCUGCCCAUCACGCCAUUUGUACCAAGUCGUCUGACAGACAAUGAGCCCGGGGCUGCUGUGGUUCUCACCAUCGAGAGCACCCAGAUAUGUGCAUGCAGUUCUGGCUCUUUGGUCAGCAAGGGAAAGUUCACAGGUUUCUGUGUGCGGAUAGCCGAAGAUUUUGAGACGUCCCUGGAUGACUGGAAACCAGUGAGGGUCGACCCACAAGAUCUGGUGAUGAACGCCUGUGUUGUUCCAGAAGGGACAUAUGAAGUGUGCUCCAGAACAACCAACCCACAAUCAACAGAUCCGGGCAGCAACGCCAAAUGGAUACUGAAUAUCAAAUGGGAGAUGCGUGGUAUCGACGUCCACCUCGAUACUAACAUCGGCAAGCGGUUGUCUGCCCUUGGCCAGACGCUGACAUCUCUGACGGGAGAGGAGGAUGAAGAGUACCUGCUGGAGGACCCAGAUGAGUGCCUCCAUGUGUCACUCGAGGAUGUUAGUGAUCAAUAUCAGCCUCCCGCUGAGCUGCCCCACAGAAGGACGAGCAUUAUUGGUGACUCACUGCCAGAGUUUGUGUAUGACGCCAGUAUUGACCCCAAAAAGAGGGCGCGGUUACUGGAGAAAGAGAUGAAUGACCAGGCAAAGAUUGUUCAGGAUCUUAGGACACUGGGUGCCAGUCAUUCAACAAUCGACAUUGAGACCAGAAAGCUGGAGGAGCUGAAAGGUAUCAUCUUCAAUGACUUCCGCCGUGAGGUGCUCAGCAGAAUCAAGAAGCAGGGAGAAAGGGCCUCAGUGUUUAAGGACAAGCUGGGAAUAGGUUCUAACCCGACCCACAUCAGGUCCAAGUCCUAUGGUGGGAGGUUGGGGAAACAUAGAGACAGUGCCCCACAGAGCAUGCUGCAGGUGUUGCCUGGCCAUUCUCGGGGCCACUCGGACACUACUGAGCUGCCAGAGCUGAAUCCACACAAGGUCCAGUUUGGGGAGACGGUCUCCAGCACAUACACACCUCCCGUAACACCAGAUGACACGCCCAGACACGGGACCCGGGGCAGGCAGGCCAAGAGCCUCCACAUCCCAAUGAUUGAGUACCCCUCCACGACCUCCUCGGACUCCUAUUCAGAGAGCACAGAUUCUUCAGAUAGCGGGGAAGAGGAGCGGAAGGAUGUCUUCGGUGCAGACAAAGUGGAUAGUAGCCCUGAGAAGAGCGGCAGAAAGGGGAGCUUUUCCAACCCAAGUGUCGGCAGUGGAGGCUCGAGGUCUGUGAUUGAGCCCAACAUUGACUUUGAACUCGACGUGAAGGUUGUAAUUGAUAGCGGCAAGUGUGUGCUGCACCCGAAAGAGGCCCGUGAGGAAGAGUUGAAAAGGACUAAGAGAGACAAGACUCCAACUCCAGGUACGGAGGCUCCAGGCUCUCCUACUGGUCACCGCAAGAUGAAGAAGCAUGAGUCAGCCUCUCAGAUACCCAGUAGCAAGAAAACACCUGCACCACAGCAACCAGUCAUAGAGACCACCGUGUUCUUCCUACCAGGUGUUGAUGUAAAGGUUCGUUACAAUUCCAAGACGGACCAUGUGAACUCUCCGGCAAACACUCUGUCUGAUCAUGGUGGGGAGACGCCUGACCUAUCUAGCAAGAUGGACGACUCCAUGAAUCUGUCCUCCAGGCGUGGAGGAGUGAAGAAGGCCAACCUGUAUGCAUGGCUAUCACUACAGUCGCUGCCUGAAGAGAUGGUGAUCAGCCCCUGCUUGCUGGUCUACCUAGAGCAAGCAUUGGAACCAAUACCUCUGUCCUUGACCUCACAGGUCAAGAAAGGUCAGCCUGUUAAGGAGAACGAGAUUGAUUCUGACCUCAACGGUUCCUACAUGUCGAUAGGCUCCCCUACUUUCCUGGGCCAGUUCCCGGUAGACAUAAUCGUGUUCAUACGCGUGGAGCCCUCCAUUAUACGCUUCAACUGUCUGCCUGUGUCACGCGUAGAAUGCCUCCUACAGGUCCCAUCCCUUGAAUUCGUGUUUUCCACAAAGCGUUCAGACAUUGAAGCCAAUCCUGCCUCAGUGGAGGGCCCCUCACCAGUGAAAGUGAAAGUCAACACACAAUCAGCAUCAAAGAAAGCGCGGGAGCGUACAACCAGCGGAGGUCUCGAAACAAAACUGCGCAGCUUGAGCUCGGCCUCCGACCUUGGAAUGAUGACCUCGUCUGGUGGCCUCAGUGUGACUGGUUGCCUCACCGACUUCUCCCUCUACAUCUUCCAUCCCUACGGUGGCGGGGGUCAGAGAAAAAACCAGUCUGCCUCGCCUAGACUGCUUGGCAGUAUAGAGGAACAGAAGGUAUUGGAGGAUGUUCAGAGGAAGGACUCACUGAGUCUAAACCUUGAGUAUGUCAACCUCAACAUCUCACGCACGCGCAAACUUGAGCUCAAAGUGGACAAGGCCACACCAGAGAAGUGUAACAUAGUCAGAUUCUCGACUGUGUGUGACAUAGGCCUGGCAGCAUUCAAGUACGACAUGAGGCGACUUUCAGAGAUCCUGUCAUUUCCGAAAGCCUGGUACCGUAGAAAUCUCGCCCGUCGUUUGUUUCUUGGAGAUGAGAGUUGGGCAAUGGAUGAUGAAGAAUUGUUAUCUAGGAGAAAACGUCGCAAGCGAGACAGCUCAAGUACAUCCUCCACAAGCUCCACCCAGGUCGGGGCCAACUCCACCUUUGUUGGGGGCGGGGACUCCUUCCUGGCCCCUCCCUUCCCUAGCAAACCCUUCACCUCCUCCCCCGCCCUGCAUGUGCCUGUGUUGCACGAGCGUGAUGGCGGCCAUUACUUCCUUGGUCACCACAGGCGGGGGUCGUCUGGUGACAAGGUCCAUGUACAGAUAAGACCGGACUUUAAAAAUGAGCUUGCCUACCAAAUGUCUCAGCACAGAGGUGGCUCUGCCCCCCAGUCCCCUAUUGAUUCUCAUCAUAGCCCACACGAGCCCCAUGCAAGCACCUCAAAUACCAGUAAUCGAUCAGGGGGGACAACAGCGGUCCACCAGUCCUCUUCAGGGGGAGCAACUCCUGUUGCACAACCUAGAAUGUCUCGGCGCAACAGUCAGCAGCCUUCCAGUAGUGGGCGGACGAGUCAGGAGCGCAAGUCGACUGGGUGGCAGACGCUGGUGUUGUACUCUGUGAACCUGAAGCAGCUUGAGUUUCAUGUAAACAUGAGCAACGUGAUGGGCAACACAGUUUGGAAUAUGCGUGAUAUAAAGAGCCAGGGUCGGUUGGCCAUUGAUAGUACCGGACACAGGGACCUGGGGAUAUCAGCAGGACUGGGUGGGUCACACUUCGAGAGCAAAGGAGGGGUCAUCAGUGGAAAUGUGGACCUGCAAGGGAUCUCCAUGUACUUUGAGUGUCACGAGGACCCUAAAGCUGGUGCUGACCCCUUGCACCAGGCGGGAGUGUCCAUGUACGCCAUAGAGGGGCGCGUGGACUACAUGGGGUCAAGCGUCCUCAUGACCCGGCUCAGCAACAUGAAUCUGAGUCUGAGAGACGAAUGGAAGAUUGACAAGAAUCAGGACCACGAGGCUCCACUGGCCACCACCAGAACGGCGCUGCUGUUUGCCCAUGGGGACCUGCGCUGGGACAAGUUCCACAUCCUGAUCUCGCGCUCCACCACGCCCGACCUGAUGAAGAUUGUGGCCAAGCUUGAUGAGUUCAUCAGCCAGCAGUUCACCAGCAGCAGACGGGCUCUCGGCGCCAUGGGAACCAUACCCAAGCACAGGUUGCCGGAGAAGCGGCGGUCAGCUGAUGAGGAGUCAUUCCUAUCAGACCUGCGCCACCACCGCCACUGGCAGAAGGCUCUGGCAAACAUCACAGGCUGCAAGUUCUCCAUGCUUCCCACAAUGCUCCCACGCGAGGGCAUGAUCCUUGGUGGGACAGUCACCCUUCGGGGAAACAAUCUUAGUCUUGGGUGCUUCCAUGGCAUCAACUUUCGCUCCAAGUCUUGGGCUGUGUUCACAAUCAAUGAACCGUACAUUUGCUUUGCUACAGAGGCACAGAAAACACAAGAUGAAGGCACCCACAUCGUACAGGACCUCACAUUCUAUGUGGGCCAUGACCACACCUCUCAUCUAGACAAGCCAAUGGCAAUGGCAUACGUUCUGAAGAUGUCACGAGGUCACGCCAUGCCUCCCACCUUCACCAGCGCUCAUGCAUGGUUUAACUACGCCUUUGCUACCUCAGAAAUCAAAGAUUUAGACGAUUUCCCACGCAUGCAGCGUGCCGGCAGCGAGAGCCCGUCAGAACGGAAGCGUAAGUUUGACUACAGUCACGAGAGUGAGGUGAUAUUUGCCCUACCAUCCCUACAGCUUCAACUUCGGACCAAGCAUCAUCAGGCAGAAAUGGAACCAGUCGAAGACGAUCCCAAGCCAGUAGUUGAAUGCAGUUUUGUGACUGAGUUUGAGGACCAUAUCUAUGUUGCCAUGGACGCAGAAAUCCUGCUGUUCCUGCAUGACCUUGUGAUGUCGUACAUCAAGGAAAAAGACAAGAGUGGUGCUCGAGGGUCAAUCGCAGGUGCAAGUUCUAAGGCAGUGAAGUCCCCAGUAGAGGGGGACAAAAAGAAAGUAAUCGACCCAGUCACCGUACUGCAACAAGACUGGAGGGAAUACCAGUGCAAGACAUGGCAGCUAGAACCCACUGUCAGGUUUUUACACUGGGCUAGCCGUCAGAUUGACCCAGUUGGCGUGGACUAUGUCCUCCAGAAGCUUGGAUUCACGCAUGCACGCGUCACAAUUCCAAAGUGGAUGCAGCGGGGAUUUAUGGACCCCUCUGACAAAAUCCUCUCUAUGCUUGUUAACAAAGUGAUCUUGAUUCUUCGAGAUCCAAAAGUUGAAGAAAAAACAUAGAAAUGUUGUGUGACACAAUUCAAUUGCAGUUUUAUUGGUAAUAAACGAUUUAUUGAGGUUUUAUAGAGAAUUCUUCUUUAUGAUCCUAGCUAUUCUAAAAUAGUGAUAUGCUUUUAGGUGGCCACAUUUCUAACAUUUUUGUUUACUGUAUGUUGGUUUUAUGUUGAAUGACUUUGGCUCGGACCAAGCAAAUUGAUUGUGUCUGUUUCAGUCAACAUAUUCAAAUAUGCAUACAUACUUACAUUUUUUAAACAAUUAGGCAGUGUGCUGAGAUUUUAUUUCUUGUUUUUAUUUUUCUCAAAUUUACUUGGAGUAUAUGGUGUGUCUGAAUUGAAGUUUUUUUUAUUGCAAUCAAUAAUCAUGUCAUUGCUGUUUGCUUUUUCUUUCCCACAACCAUUUUUUUUUAUUUGUUGUGUACUCACGGUAUUGUCACAUACUCUCAUGGUGCCAAACAGUUAUGCUUUUAUUUAUUUAUUCUCCCUGUCCUUUAACAUUGGUGUGUGUUGCACAAGGAACGUUCAAAUGGAUUUGUUGUCAUUUUUCUCAAACGUUCUUAUAUGUAUCAAACUUCAUCUAUAUUUUUAUUUGCCAUCUGUUAUUGUGGGGCAAUCUUCUUAUUUAAUGCACACAUUUAUGCAUACCUGAAACUUUCAAUGUCUUAUCUGUCUACCGGAAUGAUGCAUGUACAUUCUGAACUUGAUUCUUCUCAGGCACAUUUUAUGGCUGCACUUUUUGUUUGUUUCUCAAUUUAUCAUGAUAAAACUCAUUAUUUGAUCAUUUUGUUGGAAUAGUGUGUUAAUAUUUAAAUAACAUUUUGUUGUUUUGUUACUUUUCAUUUAUAACAUAUCAUGUUACAUUUCAAGCUGGGGUGGCAGUUUGCCAUAUUCUUGGUUUGAUGCUUCCCCUGCUUUCUGAUUACACCUGGAUCUUUUCCAGAAUAACACAACACUCAUCAUGCGAAAAUGGGUCUAAUGCCAUAUUUUGCACAGUCCUACCACGAAGCUUUGAGUAACUUUAUGAAAGCUCCGCACUAGACUGAACUGGCCUCAUAAAGCAUAACGCCCAUAACAGCGUGAUGGUGCUCACAUUAUUGUCCAGCACACUGAUUAUGAAUGAGGCCCAAUACUAGAUUUGACCUGCACUAUGGGAAAACUGGGCUUAACCCAUGUGUAUAAUGCGUAGUCCCUGACAAUACUCUCGGCUGUGACUGAAUUUUUGUUAAGAAGAGACAUCCUUUAAACACAAAAAGGCUAAUCCGGGAUAAUACUUUGUGAAUAUCAUUAAGCUUGUUUUUGUCAAGACCACAGCUGAUUUGCAAUGCAUGUUUGUAUAAUGCACGUGUAACAUGAAACCAGAAUAGGUGAAUGUGAAACAUAUUAACUGCCUUAGAUCUAGUAAAUUAGUAUCAUAGGGGGCAUAAAAAAUAUACUCUUUACUAUCCUGCAUUAUCAGUAUUAUGUUUUAGAGUUGUAUAUGUACAUAGUGAGUUAUAAUUAUAUUAUUUAUUUUUGCUCAUUUUUAUUGGAACACGGGUGAUUGGGAAUUUUAUGGAAACAUUAUGUAUUUUAAUUGUCACAACAGUACUGUUUAUGUAUGCAAGUAUUUCACUAUUUAAAUAUGGUAAGACACUCCAAUAAACGAGUAAUACAUAUUUGAAAUAAUAAUUUCCAUUUAUCCUUUUAAUUAAUUUGGUUAGCUAACUAUAGAAUUGUAAGAUACCAUUAUGUUCAAUUUUUUUUCCCCUAGCAGUGAAACCAGAGGGGACUUAUGAUUUGCACUCUGUGAGUCUGUCACACUUUUCUGGAUCCUGCGAUAACUUUAUUUGUUCUUCAUAUUUUGUCAUGAAACUUGAAAUAUGGACAGAUGGCAAUAUGUAGAUUAUGCACGUCAUUUCAUUUUGUUCAUACGUCAAGAAUUCUGGUUGCUAUGGCAACAAAUAGACUAGAAAUAUUGCUGAAAAUGGUGGAUCCUGCAAUAACUUUAAAAGUUCUUCAUUUUUUCCAUGAAACUUGAAAUAUGGAUAGAUGGCAAUAUGGAUAUUAUGCACAUCAAUUCAAUUUGUUCCUACGGCAAGAAUUGUGGUUGCUAUGGCUACAAAAAGACUAGAAAUAUUGCUGAAAAUGUUGGAGUUUCAUCGGUAGGGGACCAUAUUGCUUGAUAAUAGUCUUGUUUAAACAUGUUCUUUGUUUUCAUUUGUGCAUGUGUGUUAUAUUUUUGUUGGAACACCAAUAUUGUUAUAGCUGUACCAAAAUAAAGUUAUCCAAAAACA